AUGGGUGAUGGAACUCCGGCAAUGGGCAAGCGCCACAAGAAGACUCACGCAAUGUGCCCGCGUUGUGGGAAGCGCUCCUAUCACCAGCAAAGGAAGCAGUGCGCCUCCUGCGGCUAUCCUGCCGCGAAGAUUCGUUCUUAUGAAUGGUCUAAGAAGGCCAAGCGCAGAAAGGCUCCGGACACUGGCCGCAUGAGGCAGGAGAGAUCAGGAGAGCACCUGCAGCUUCAACUGAACGAUGCCGUCUUUGCGUCUGAGCCCUUCUGGCGCCCAGCCUCCCUGGCAGCAGUGCAGGAGCUGAUGAGUGCAAAGUGGAGCACUGUGGCAUCAGCAGUCUCCAAGGCCAUCAAAGCUGUGGAGAAGGAUUUUGAUUCAGCUAUUGCAGAGAUGCGUACGUCCAUGUGGCCCGUGUGCGGAGUGCAGUGGAGUUCCUUCAAAAGCGCCUGCAGAAAUCACCGAGGAAAGACUUUGACUCUGUGGUCGAGUCCUUGGACCUCACCAUCAAGGGGUACGUAG